GAAAUUGCAGGGAACAAUUAGCCUCCCGAUGCAAAUUGCAGAGAAGAAAAGGUUAUCUGAAUCCAAUCGAGCCCCAUUCCGUUGUUUCUUCAGUAAAGCGAAAGCAUGAUAAAGGCCGGUCAGUGAACGGCCGCUCUUGAGGCUAUAAAUACGGCCAUGGAGGGAGCGCUCAGAUUCCCCUUCUUCCCGCUCCCUGCACCUCUGGCCUCUGCCUCUGCCUCUCAUCCUAAUCCUGAUAGUUUAUGGGUGGCUGCACCCUGCACCUCUCCUAGCCCAAGACUUCUCUGCCUCCCUCUACCGUCUCCCACUGCUGUAGUACUCCUACUAAACUAGUACUGCAGCCGGGGUUGCUGGACUGCCAGUACUGAUACUGAUACUGACAGGUUGCGUCUGCGUCUACGCUGUAAUGACACUAUAUACCUCUCCCUGCCCUCGCCAUUAGUGACCACCAGUGCCAACCCGAGCUGCAUUGCCUCAAGAACAGAACAUGGCAAUCCGAAGUGUUUGCGUCGUCCUUGCGCUGCUUUGUAUAUGCCUCAGAGAGGGCGGAGCAGUGACAUUCACGUUCCUGAACCGGUGCACGGGGACGGUGUGGCCGGGCAUCCUGUCCAACGCCGGGACGGCGAGGAUCGAGCCCACGGGCUUCGCGCUCCCGCCCGGCGCGGCGCGCGCGCUGCCGUUCCCGACCGGCUGGUCCGGACGGAUGUGGGCGCGCACGGGCUGCGCGCAGGACGCGGCCGGGCGGUUCUCCUGCGCCACGGGCGACUGCGGCACCGGCACGCUGGAGUGCUCCGGGCGGGACGGGGCGACGCCCGCGACGCUGGCGGAGUUCACGCUGGACGGCGGCGGGCACAACGACUUCUACGACGUGAGCCUGGUGGACGGCUACAACCUGCCGAUCCUGGUGGAGCCCGCGGGGAGCAGCGCGACCGGCACGACGUGCGCGGCCGCGGGCUGCUCGGCGGACCUGAACCUGCGGUGCCCCGCGGAGCUGCGGUCGGCGGGCGGCGGCGCGUGCCGGAGCGCGUGCGACGCGUUCGGCAAGCCCGAGUACUGCUGCAGCGGCGCGUUCGCCAACCCCAACACCUGCCGCCCCACCGCCUACUCGCAGGCGUUCAAGCUGGCGUGCCCGCGCUCCUACAGCUACGCCUUCGACGACCCCACCAGCACCUUCACCUGCGCCGGCGGCCGCGACUACACCAUCACCUUCUGCCCCGUCGCCACCCCAAGCCUGAAAUCGGCGGGUGGGGCGACGGUGGUGCCGACGCCGACGUUGCCGGGCUCGACAGGGUUCGCGCCCCCGGUGAUGCCGAGGCAGGCAGGCGGCCAAGCCGACGGCCAGGGCGUGAUACUUGGGGACAACUCCUGGCUCGCCAACAUGGCCACCGGCGACAUGUCGGCGGCGACGCCGAGGACGACGGCGAUGAUCCCGGCCGCGCCGCUCGCACUACUCUUCCUCCGGCUGCUUCUAUAGCAUCACGCCAUUAUUAGAAGAGAAGGACCCGCCAUUCCGUCCAUCCAAACAAACAAAAACAAAAAAACAGAGAAGUUAGAAGCUGAACAGAAGAACACACUGUUUGCAAGUCGGCACGGGCCACCGGAGCGAAAGCGAGACGGCGCGCUCCCCCGCCGCCGUCGGCGCUCGCGGAAAGAAUGGGUCGUUGCUGAUGUGCACGGCGAGUGGGGAAUGAAUGAUUCGAUUUGACCAAGAUCGCCAUUGUAAAAUCCAUCUUUUUCGUUUUCCUUUUUCUAGUUUGCACGGCUGUGGAGUACGAGUACAAAGGAAAUAUACUACUAGUAGAAAAGAUUCUUACACGCAUGAA